CUCUCUGUCUCUCAUUCUCUCUCUCUCAAAUAAAUAAAUAAAAUCUUAAAAAAAAAAAAAGGACACCCAGGACUCCAAGAUGGCGUCAGUCGUACCAGUGAAAGAGAAGAAGCUCAUGGAUGUGAAACUGGGAGAGCUGCCCAGCUGGAUACUGAUGCGGGAUUUCACCCCCAAGGGCAUUGCUGGAGCAUUUCAAAGAGGUUACUACCGGUAUUACAACAAGUAUGUCAAUGUGAAGAAAGGGGGCGUUGCUGGGAUUUCUAUGGUGCUGGCAGCUUAUGUGCUUUUCAACUACUGUCGUUGUUACAAGGAACUCAAACAUGAGCGGCUACGCAAGUACCACUGAAGAGGGCCCAGUGUGGAGGCACAUUCGGCAUUCCUGACCAUGACCUUUGCCUGGCACCCUUGAAUCCUUUCAUAUUCUAAUUCAGAAUUAACAUCCAAUAAAAGAUGA